AUGGCGCUUCCUCCUUCCGAUGAGAUAUCAUGGAAUCCGGCCUUGAGACCUGAUGAUCAUGAAUGUCCAAUCGCGACGAAACCGGAUAUUUUGACGGCGCUAGAUUCAACGGAGCACGAACAAACAAUAGGGACACCGGCUGCUGACCCGGAUGAUAUACAACCUGCGAAGACCGAUCAUGUUGAACCACCUAGCGACUCCACUGCACAGGAAAUUGCAGCCCCGGCAGAGAUACAAGAACCAGUCGCACCAGCCGCUCCAGCCACGUCGACCGUAACCGAUUGGGGUAACUCGCCGGAUUCCGAUGAUGAUGCAUUUCCUUCCAUAACAUUAGAAGAACAAGGCGAGAGGGAUGAAUGGACACCACCGACAGGCGACGCUGAAGAUCAGAUCGCGCAAGCGACUGUGGAAGAGCCCGUGCCGAACGAAAACUCAAAUGGCAGUGUACACGUUGCUGAGCAGGGGGCUGGAGUUACAGAAAACACAGGACCCCACUCUCAGGAUCCAUUUGCUUCUAUUACAAACGAUCAAGCUCAGGAAUCAGAAUCUGCCUUUGGUAGCACUGCGUGGAUGGAUGAGGGAAGCGACACGAAUCCGGCGGCCACCAACGGAGAAGUGGACGGCGAGGGACAUGGUUUCUGGAACGAUGACAGCAACAAUCAUGGUGGUGGAGAAGACGACUUUUUUGACCAGUUGAAGACGCAGACAAAACCGAUAUACGUACCAGAAUCAGAGUCCAGAUACGAGGAGGGUGUCCCACUGCUAGAUGAGACACCCAUCCAAUCGCCGAUUGAGCCAACCCGGGAAGCUGGGGGUAGCAUAGAUCAAAUUUUCGGUGGCGAUGAAGAUGAAGAUGACGGGUUUUUCAAGGAAGUUCAGAAAUCACCACCAAGGGAACAGCAGUUUGGCCAUAUCACGCGCAAGAGUACCUCUCAAGUGAUGGAUGCUUUCCCUCCUACCCCGGAUUCUCCAGCCAGUGAUGGCUCAUCAAGCACACAGGAUUUUAACAAACUCAUAGGCGCACCCUCUUCGGAUAGUGAGGUGCAGAAGCCGUCUUCUGAGGAGGAUUUGGCAGCGCGGUGGGAAUCAGAGCUUUUGGAGGAUCCAGUGAACAACGAACCAUCGGAAGAUGAUCUGACUGCACAGUGGCAAGCAGAACUUUCAGAUAACCGCCUGGAUGACGAUGACUUGCUAUUGGAAGACGAAGCAGGAGAUCAAAUGCAGCCUGAGACUGCCAAUGGAAUUUCCAAUGCACCUGCUGCAGGUCUUAACAGUCCCUUUGAAAAUCCUCAAAGUUAUGCUAGGCUUCAAGCACAGCCAACGGCUUACACGCCCCAUCAGCCAACAACUUCAGAUCUUCUCCAAGGAGUUCCGAUGCCUGGUGUUCCGCAAACUGUUCCCCCUUCGAACUAUUUCUCAUCUCAACCUCAUGCGAACCCCCCACAGGCGACGAAAUCAGAAAGUUUUGCUGAACGUUCCAAGGAUGGCUACAAGUCUCCUUAUGACCUUCCAGAAGAUCUUACCCGACCUCGAAGAACUGUGCCUAGCCAAAAGCCGGUUGUUGCGCAGGCUCCUCUCCCGGGGGGGCCUCCGCGAAGUAACAGCAUUCCUCCACCAAUGGCUUCUACAAUGCCACCUCUGCCGGCAGCAGCUCCCCCGCCAGCUCCACCAGUCACCGCUGCUCCUAAGAAUUUCUACGAAGAACUUCCUUUGCCGCCGCCAAGGUCUAAAUCGCGGCCUGCAAGCUCAGGGCGAUAUACUCCCAGUAACAAUGUAGGACCCGCUGUUCCCUCUCAUGGAUUACCAGUACCACCGCCCCCUGUGAACCCAUACACCAACAUCCCUCCUCCGGCCGCACCACCGGUUGGCAGUUUGCAACCCCAGCCACCAUUGCAGCAGUCGGAACCGGUUGAUCCCUAUGCACAAUUGUUGGCCCCAAGUGCGCCAGCUGUGCCGAGCAUCGCGUCGAGGUACUCGCCGAAGCCACCAGGAUUACAAGCUGGAACAAAACCUCCUGCAUCCCCGAGAUAUUCACCUGCACCGCCGCCUCAGGCCUCUGCUCCUGCCCGCAAUCUUUAUGUUUCGCAGCCACCCAACGUGUCUGGCCAGGGACCGCCUCUUCCGUUUCAGCCUCGCACAUCAAGCCCUUUGGCCUAUCAUGAGAAGGCUUCGUACCAACCUGAAGGGCCUGAGGAGCAGCGUUCCUUGCAACCGGCAGCGAGUCUUUCUCCCCCCAGUCACUUUCAACCGCGGCGAAGCAUUGAUCAUGGCCCCUUUCAAGCCCCAGGACUGUCGGGUGAUGCCGUUGACGCCGGUAUUUUGAAGUCUGUGACCCAUGGAGGACUCACGAACCAGCAGCAGGCCUCUCCUCCCAGGAACCCAUAUGCUCCCUCGGCUUAUGUCGAUGAAUUUUCCAAACGGGUUGCACCUGUGAACAACGCCCCCCCUCCAGUCAUCGGUAUGCCAACUGCCCCGCCUCCGAGUGAUUUACAGUUCGCUCCCCCUCGCCGUUCGCAAACACAGUCACCUGGUCAGCAAAUGCAAGGUCCUAGGUUGUCUGUGCCGUCAAUUGAUCCAUUUCAAAGACCUGCGUCGGUGCAUGGCUCCAGUUCUCCAACGAAGACCGUCAGUCCUUAUGCGCCAUCUCAGGUUUCUGUUCAUAACCGUACGGCUUCGCAAUCCCUUCAGUUUAUUCCUCCCACGGACGGACAACAGUUGGACCCUCUUGAACGAUGGAAGGGAGCACCAAUAGUUAAGUUUGGCUUUGGUGGAGCAAUCACUUCCUGCUUUCCCCGCCAUAUUCCUCGGUACUCUGCUGGGCAAGCUGCUCCCAUGAUCAAGUCUACUCCUGGAGAGGUGAAAAUCUGCCAACAUAAUGAUUGGAUACCUGUCGGCGAAAGUAUUGUUCAGCAUCCGGGUCCACUCAAGAGCAAAUCUAAAAAGAAGGACCUCCUUGCCUGGCUGUCAAGUAAAAUUGCAGCAUUUGAGAACGAAGGUCUGUCUGAGGCUGCUCAGUUGCACCCUGAAUCUGACAAGAGACACGGAGAGAAGAUUUUACUCUGGAAGAUUGUCCGGCUUUUGGUGGAAAAUGAUGGUUCCCUAGAAGGCUCCGCUGAGGUCCAAACAUCUCUGCGCAACGUCAUUUUUCCACAUCUCCAGAAUUCCGAAGUUGAUCAAACUUACGGUGCUUCCUUUUCAUCGUCAACUACUUUCCAGCCAAUGGAUGUGUCCUCACGGCCUGACGCUGUCGAUCCCCAGGCGAUAGAGAAUCUUCGCAACAAUCUUCUGAUUGGGGAUCGAGAGAAGGCAGUAUGGGGCGCAGUCGAUCGCCGUUUAUGGGGCCAUGCUAUGAUAAUUGCAUCAACUUUGGACAAGUCUGUUUGGAAACAGGUUGUUCAAGAGUUUGUGAGACGAGAAGUGCGGUCCACAACUGGAAAUACGGAAUCGAUCGCCGCGCUCUAUGAGAUCUUCGCUGGUAACAUUGAAGAAAGCAUUGACGAGCUUGUACCCCCCUCAGCUCGGGCUGGUUUGCAAAUGAUCAGCAAAGCAGAUGGGCAUGGUCCCACGAAAAAUGCCCUAGAUGGCCUUGAAAGCUGGAGAGACACCCUGGGAUUAGUUUUGAGCAACCGCAGUCCAGAAGAUCAUCAGGCAUUAUUGGCCCUUGGCCGGCUACUCUCAUCCUAUGGUCGUACGGAGGCCGCUCAUAUUUGCUUUAUCUUUUCCCGGGCUGUGGUAUUCGGCGGUGCAGAUGAUCCCCAGGCGAGCAUUGUGCUUCUUGGGGCUGACCACCAACGGUUCCCUUCCUUGUUUCCGCAGGAUGAAGAUGCUAUUCUUCUGACCGAAGCAUACGAAUAUGCUACUUCUGUUCUUGCCGGCUCAGCCACGGCUACUUUGCCCCAUCUCUUGGCAUUCAAACUGCUUUAUGCUUCGUCUAUCGCCGAUCGUGGCCGUAAAUCAGAAGCUCAGCAAUAUUGUGAUGCCAUUGCGGCUGCUUUGAAGGCGACCACACGGCCUUCUGCUUAUCACCAUCAGCACUUAUUCUCGGGAGUCGAUGAGCUCUCAGCGCGCCUGAGGCAGACAACUACCGAUGGUGGUUCAUCUUGGAUUUCCAAGCCGAGCAUGGAGAAGGUAUCUGGCUCGAUGUGGGCUAGAUUCAACAGCUUCGUCGCUGGGGAAGAUAGUGAUGCAAUUUCGACAGUCUCUGGAAAGGGCGACGCGGACAUUGGCCCUUUUGCAAAGGUUUCUGGAACCCCCACUGUCAGCCGCUCUCCGUCUGUGUCUGAUUUGUAUGGUUCGUAUCCUACUCCCGGGGCACAACCUAUUCCGGCUGGUGGCGCUUCGAAGUACCACCCGGCAUCCCAAUAUGCCCCAAGCUCAUCCCCCGAGCAAUUGCGCGGUAGAUCGUCUCUUGAUUCCCAGAGGUCUUUCUCUGGGGGAUUUUCUUUUGGGCAACGGCGAGGCUCUCAAGAACCGUCGACACCAGUCGAUACUGGAUCAUACCAAGGAGGGCCGUUUUACAAUUCUCCGCCUGGUGUUGGUUAUCAAUCGACACCGCCCCAAUCAUCUUACAUGCCGCUUGCCCCUGUCGAAGAAGACCUGGCACCUCAAACGCAACCCGAACAAACGCCUGCUUUCGCGCCCGAACCUUCCGCCAAUGGGUUUUCUUACCAGCCGCCUAUGUAUGGCUCUGAUUCGUUUGGACAGCCUCUUCAUGAGCAGUCUUCCCCUGCUGUGUCUCAGCCAGAUAGUUUUGGUUAUAUGCCUCCCAGUGCUACCGGCGGUUACGAGCCUCCAGGUGCGACUGGCACAACUCCUGCAGUGGAAGUUGAUGAUGAGUCCGUCGCCGAGGAGCCCAAGAAGAAAUCCAUUAUGGACGAUGACGAUGACGAUGAGAUAGCGGCCCAGGCAGCAGCUAUCCAAAAAGCCGAAAGGGAACGCAAGGAUCGCGAAGCAGAUGAGGCGUUCCGAAAAGCAGCCGAGGCAGAUGCUCAAAAACCUGCACCCCCGAAGAAGUCAUGGUUUGGUGGAUGGUUUGGCGGGGCCAAGAAAGAGAACGACAACAAUCUGGGUGGAGGUCCUAUCCGUGCCAAGCUUGGCGAGGAGAAUUCAUUCUACUAUGAUCAAGACUUAAAGAAAUGGGUCAACAAGAAAGAUCCCAACAGUAGCGCCCCGGUUCGCGGCACACCACCUCCGCCGCGCGGUCCGGCUCCUCCCAGCCGCACACCAAGUACCGCCAGUGUACCACCAGCAGCAAUGCCUCCGAGUGUCAGCAGUCGCCCUGGAUCUUCUGCCGGCGCUCCCCCUCCAUCAAUUCCCGGAAGCCCAGCACCCUCUGCAUUGGGAAUCCCACCUCCACUUGGUCCCCGGUCUGUCUCGACUGGCGCAGCUGUGCCAACCCCACCAGGCAGCUCGGCCGGCUUGCAGCCGCCGCCUCGUCCAUCAACAUCUUUGAGUAAUGCUAGCUCGAUCGAUGACUUGCUUGGAGCGCCCCAGGCGCGUAAAGGUGCCGCUGGCAAAGGGAAGAAGAAAGGCAGAUACGUUGAUGUUAUGGCUAAAUGA